GGUGUAUUAGAGUAGGAUUUGUUCAUAUACUUUGGAAUAGCAAAAUCGAUGGUGUUAUCCAUGCACUUUGGAAGAGAUGAAUCGUAGACUAAAUUAAAAGAUACACGUACACUAGUCUAGAUACAUAAUGUAGUUCACCUAUAAAUACUCAUGUAUGCUAAUUAAUAACCAUUAAUAAUGUACAAGUAAUUGUCUUUCUAGUGAGCUUUUGAGUGUUUGAAAGCUUUGUAGGGGUGGCUGCUUGUCUUUCUCAGCUAUCUGAUUCAUUACAAAUACUUCUCUUACUACUACUUAAUUCCUCGUGAACUAGUAAUUGCUUAAUUUUUUCAUUUUAUGGAACCUCUCCAUGAGUUCCAUCUAUCCUUACCAAAGGAAAACUGGUGGGGAGAUAACUAUCUCAAUCAAAUAAACGGUGUCUGGUUUGUUCCUAAAUUUGUUCCUAGCAUUUUGCGAGUGCUUAAUGAGUUCAAGCCACUUUCUAAUGAUGUAAUUUUGGCCUCUUUUCCAAAAACUGGAACAACAUGGCUAAAGUCUCUUCUGUUUUCCAUAAUCAAUCGCUCUUCCAAAGAGUCCUUGGUGGAUAACCAUCCCCAUGAGCUUGUCCCUUCGCUUGAGAUGCAAGUUUUUGAAAAAUAUGAAUCAUAUCCUCUUGUAACUGACAACGAUCUAGAUUCGAGGAGGCUCUUUUCAACCCAUAUUCCCUACCAGCUUCCAGGAAAAGCUCUCGAUUCAGCUAAUUGUCGUGUUGUUUACAUUACAAGAAAACCUAAAGAUACAUUGGUAUCAAUGUGGGAUUUCACAAAUAAAUGGAAGGCUGCAGAAAAAGGGUCAUGGAAUCUUGAAGAAGCUAUAGAGAAGUUUUGCUCCAGGAUAUUUCCUUGUGUAUCUUAUUAUGACCAUGUCAUGGGAUUCAAAAAGGCAAGCUUGGAGAAACCCAAAAAUAUAUUCUUUGUAACUUAUGAGGACCUGAUGAUGGACACAAAAACUCAUGUCAAGAGAUUGGCUGAGUUUCUAGGAUGCCCUUUUGACAAUGAGGAGGAAGUCGAGGAGAUAGUGAAGAGUUGCAGCUUUGAUAUUCUGAGCAGCUAUGAAGUGAACAAAUCUCGGGACUUUCCAUCUUGGUUUCAAGUGCCCUACAAUUCUUUCUUCAGACAAGGUGUCGUUGGGGAUCAUAAAAACUAUCUGGAUGCUAAAACGAUUGAGCGUAUUGAUGCAUUGACAAGAGACAAGUUUCAUGCAGCUGGUUUCAUGUAUGGCAUUUAGCAUUUUUUUCCAUUUUAGGCUUUCAGUUUUGUUGUUCUCUUUUUUUUAUUUAUAGUAUUUUCUGGUUUUCUAUUCUUCACUAGAUGAGUUGUGCCUGUGCACAGCACAGGCUUGCCCGACAUUGUUGUUUGAGUUAUUUCGAAGAGCAAUAAGAUGAUCAGAAUGGUGCUACAAAGAAUUAGUGUCAAGCUGAUUAAAUGUAAACAACCUUCUCGGCAUCCAUUGACUUUGCCAACACUCCAUUAAACUCUUGAUCUUCAGAGGCAUCACCCAUGAAACAACAACCACAUUUUUAAAAAAUAACUCCCAACAUUCCCUGGAGAAUAUGCAAUGCAGGAAUUAGUGUUCCACUGAUUCCAAAUCUUCCUCGCAUAAAUAGGAUCUGCUACUUAGAGCAUAACCCCUCUUUUAUUCGGAGUUAGACAAGCCUCCCAGGUGACGAUCCAGCCAAAACAGACAGCUUUAACAGGAUUUUUGGUUCUCCAAAUAGUCUUCCAAGGCCAUCUAGAUAACCCCUGUCCUUUUAGUAGAAGAUGGUAACAAUUGUUGACUGAAAUUUUUUUAUCCUUGCUGUUCACCCAGAUCAAACCAUCCACUUUAUUCUGCAUAAAAGAGAUUGAUCCUAACAUUUGUAAUAAUUGACAGAAACCCUCCAACUCCCAAUCAUUAAGAUUUCUUCUGAAUUCUAAUUGCCAUCCUAUGUUUGAAUAGAAAUCAGCAACAUACCCCUCCUUCUGCAUAGAACAUCUAAACAGAUCAGGAAAACCAUAUUCAAGCUUCUGUUCCCAAUACAAGUGUCUUCCCAGAAUUUAAUUCUGGCGUAAUUUCCCCAGAAUAUGUUCCUUGAUUAAGUUGUCAACUUCCACUAAUUCCCCUCCAAUCAUCAUGUUAUCAAUACAAUUAAAUCUCUUAUGAGUAUUAGCCUGCUUAUGAAUUUUUUUUGUUUUUCUAUCCCCCUGAGCCAUCCACAGACUCCUAGAUUUUUGUCUCUAAGAUAUUUCUUCAGACUUUGCCACUGCCUCCAGUUCCCUCACUAAGGAAUUUCUUUCGGCUUCUACUUGUUCAGCAUCUGUAGAGAAUCUCCCACCAUGAUCAAUCUCUUCUAGCUUAACUAGCUAGUGCCUUGUUUUUCCUAUCUUCCAGCUUUACUAAUUACAAACACCUCCGUAUUCCUUUUUUUCAAAAACUCCUUUAAUAAUUUCAGCUUCUUUGCAAGGAUAACAUCAGGCUCUUCCUACACUUCAUAAGAUCUCCACCAGCUGUCAAUUAAAUCAGUAAAACCCAUGUGUUCAAGGCACAUAUUUUCAGAUUUGAAAGAGCCUUUUCCUCUUCUCCACUCACCACAUUCCAACAAAAUUGGACAAUUAUCUGAUGUAGUUCUAGGUAGGACCCUCUACUUCAUGAAUUUAAAGUGUUCAUCCCAUCCUUCUGAAAAUAAGGACUCUGUCUAGUCUAGAGGAAUGAAAUGUCGGAAACUUCUUUCACUUAUUCUACUUGACGUUCCAUAAAAGAAUUAUAAUCACAUUGCUAAACACAUAGCAUGAAUGCUUCAUGAAGACCAUAGAAAUGUCAAAUAUUGAGAUAAAGGACCACUUUAUUCUAAAAUAUAUGCACCAAACACCUAUGGAUGUACAAAGCAUGACUUAAUGAAUAACAACCUGGGAACCUUAAUUUGCAGGGAUUCAAAUAAGAAUUACUUGCAACUGCAAUUUAGAAGAAAUAAGUCAUGUCUCUAAGGUCUUGAGAUAUUAUAUUUGUUCAAGAAUGAGUGUUUUUCCUCAAGAAUAUCAGCAAAGAAGUUACAUGUUGACAUAUUCAAUUACUUGAUUUAACUUUCUUUGCGAGUUUGCCAGCUUCUACGUUGAUGCUGCCAAUACUUUGUAUUCUCUUUCUUAAUUCCUUAUUGUUCUCCAUGUUUUCGUUCUCUAGAAAGUUGUUAGUUUUAGCAUAUGAAGGAGGUCUUUGCAAAUUAGAGUUGACACACUUCAACUAUAUGUUAGAUUGCUUCUCCAUUUAAGCAACUGAUUCUACUUGGUUUGGAUAAACUAAAAUAAUAUAACAAAAAAGAAAACAACCAAAUCUAUCAAAGAAGCUCAUACAUGUGAUAUGAGAAUUAACAGUACAUCGCAUAUCUUGUAGCUAUAUAUACAACGAAGACAUACAUGCAACGCUCUCCAAACAAACCAAAACUAAUAAUAAACACAUGCUCCUACUCGACUGUAGUAUCAAAUUCCUCAAGUUUGAGGUUUAACUUCUAAUUCUACUAAGAAAUAACGGUCAGUUCAGGAAAAAAGCAGAAACAAUUUAAGACCACUAAUGGAAGUAAACACCACUUAAAAGACACAAACUUUAUGUGAAUUCCUGCUCAAUCUAGUACUCCUUCC